AUGGCGGCUGUUGUUACAGUAACUGAACAGCACCCGCGCCAGUCGGACCCGAGGAGUGACCGCGCACCAGACCCGGAGGAAGCAGGAGGUCGCGGCGUGGCUCUAGCGGACCAGCCAAAUACCCGACCCGGCCCCGCGGAGACGCUGGCUGAACCCGAGACAGAUGGGCAUUUUGAGACUUAUCUGUUGGACUGUGAACACACUCCAGGAGACUUAUCAAGCACCCCCCAGGUCCCCAAGCCGCCUCAGAAGCGCUCCAGGGCUGCUUUCUCUCACACUCAGGUGAUUGAGCUGGAGAGGAAGUUCAGCCAUCAAAAAUACCUGUCUGCUCCUGAAAGGGCUCAUCUGGCCAAGAACCUCAAACUCACCGAGACCCAAGUGAAAAUAUGGUUCCAGAAUAGACGCUAUAAGACUAAGCGAAAGCAACUGGCAGAAGACCUGGGAGUCUUGGAGAAGAGCUCACCUUUAUCUUUGCCAGCCCUGAAAGAAGACAGCCUAUCCAGCACCUCAUUGGUCUCCAUGUACACCAGCUACCCCUAUUACCCGUACCUCUAUUGUCUGGGCAGCUGGCGUCCAACUUUCUGGUAA